GGAGGAGCAGGAGCAAGACAUGAGCCUGGAAAGCUUUCUGAAGUGGGCAGCAGACCUUGGAAUUUCAGACUCAGCGGGAACUGUCCCUUAUACCUGUCUGGGACAUUCUCUCUCCCUCUCCUACUUUCCUCACGCCGGCGGGGGUAGGGGAAGGUGAAGUUAUUAGAGGGAGAAAUUCUUGAUACUCAAAUGGGUCUAUCCUAUUUUUCCUGCAUAUGUUAAUGGGAAUGCUGCAGUAGAGGUUUGGGUGCUGUGCGUGAUCUUAGAAAGGGAGAGCUAAUUCUAAGAGUUCCAAAAUCCGCUUUGAUGACCAGGGAAAGCUUGUUGAAGGAUCACAAGCUCUCUCUUGCUGUUAAUAAGCACCCUUCUCUCUCCUCUAUCCAGAUAUUGACUGUGUGUUUAUUAUAUGAAAUGGGUAAAGGAAAGAGUUCAUGGUGGUAUCCUUACCUGAUGCACUUGCCGCGCGGUUAUGACAUUUUAGCAACUUUUGGUGAAUUCGAGAAGCAAGCUUUCCAAGUUGCUGAUGCUAUCUGGGCCGCAGAAAAGGCCAUACUAAAGGCUAAAUUAGAAUGGAAAGAAGCUAAUCAACUGAUGGAAGAACUUAAGCUUAAGCCUCAACUUCUGACUUUUAGGGCUUGGCUCUGGGCUGCUUCAACUAUAUCCUCACGUACGUUGCAUAUACCAUGGGAUGAAGCGGGAUGUUUAUGUGCUGUGGGAGACUUAUUUAAUUAUGCUGCACCAGGAGAGGAAACAGUUUGUUCUGAAGAAGUAGACAGUUGGAUGAGUGCCCCAUCCUUUCAGGUCUCUUCUCUGUCGAAUGGGGACUGUACACAGACUUUGAGCAUGGAGCAAUUUGAUGCUCAUGAUCAGAGGUUAACUGAUGGCGGGUAUCAGGAGGAUGUUGCUGCAUAUUGCUUCUAUGCUCGGCAAAAUUAUACAAAAGGAGAGCAGGUGCUUUUAUGCUAUGGGACAUACACGAAUUUGGAGCUUCUUGAACACUACGGGUUUCUACUAAACGAAAAUUCAAACGACAAAGUUUUUAUUCCCUUGGAACCUGAAAUUUAUUCCUCCAGUUCAUGGCCAAAGGAGUCGUUGCAUAUUCAUCAAAAUGGAAGGCCAUCCUUUUCCCUAUUGUCGGCUCUGCGAUUAUGGGCAACCCCAUCAAACAAGCGGAGAUCUGUAGGACACCUUGCUUAUUCAGGUUCUCAACUCUCAACAGAUAAUGAGGUGCAUGUUAUGAAAUGGAUAUCAAAGAAAUGCAAUGCCAUUUUGAAGAAUUUGCCAACAUCAAUCGAAGAAGACAGUUUGCUACUAAGUUCCUUUGACGAAAUCCAAGAUCUCCAUACCAUUUUGGAGCUCGAGAAGGUGUUGUCGGCUUCUAGGGAGAUUUGGGCAUUCUUAGAAGCCAAUAAUUUGCAAAAUGUAGAUAGUGAUAGUAACUUACUUCUCUCCAGGAAAAUUAGAAGGUCUAUCGACAGAUGGAAAUUGGCUAUCCAGUGGAGGCUCAGAUACAAGAAAAUCCUUCUUGAGUGCAUUUCUUAUUGCACUGAAAUAAAAGAUUCUCUCCUCAGAAAUAUUUAGCUUUGAGAAUUGAACGAGGCCUAGUUUAAUGCUCUCUCUCUGUGUAACCGUAGAAUGCCCAGAUAAAUCUGCCACCUGGGUUUGAUGGUGAAAAGCAGAAACUGAAACUGAAAGAUAAUAAUGUUGUUCAUUUUGUGGUUUUGUAACUUCUCAAAACCGCAAAGCUCAAA